AUGAAUGCUUUUGUAACUCGCUUGAGAACUGUUGCAAAAACGUGCCAGUUCGAUACAAGUUUAGAUGAAAUGAUCCGUGACCAAGUCAUUGAAAAGUAUGCUUCGAACGCUCUUCGGCGUCGCCUACUACGAGAACAAGAACUAACAUUGAACAAUUUAUUAUCGAUUGCUCAUUCAUUCGAACUGGCCGAUCGCCAGGCCUUAGAAAUCGAACAAAAGUUUAAAUCAUCCACUCACCUCAAUUCCAUCGAACGAAAUAGAGAUUUUCAACAAGCACGGCGUAAUUCUGCGAAGCGUGAAGACAAUAAUAGGCAAGAAUGUGUUUGUUAUUGUUGUGGAAACGAAGGGCCUAGGGCACCAUGCGAAGGAUGUCCAAUGUCCUACCUUGACAAAACCUGCCGACGUUCUGGCAAGUCCAGUCAUUUUGCUAGGUUCUGUCGCCAAAAGACCAACAAACCGAAGCAAUACAGGAAGAAUGCUCGACAGCUUGAACAGUCUGACGAUGACUCUUCUGAGAACGAAUGUUUAUCAUUUAUUUACUCUCACGGCUCAUAA